GAUUCCGCCUCCGAUUCAUCACUCCAUUUCUUCCCCUUCACGCACUUGCACAGAGAGAGAGAGAGAGAGAGAGAGAGAGAGAGAGAAUGGAGAAACCGGCGACAGCGCUGUCGGCCAUGGACGCGUUCGAGAAGCUGGAGAAGGUAGGGGAAGGGACUUACGGGAAGGUGUACAGGGCCCGAGAGAAGGCGACUGGCAAGAUCGUCGCCCUCAAGAAGACCCGCCUCCACGAGGACGAGGAGGGCGUCCCCCCCACCACCCUCCGCGAGAUCUCCAUCCUCCGCAUGCUCUCCCGCGACCCUCACAUCGUCAGAUUGAUGGAUGUCAAGCAAAGUCAGAACAAAGAAGGCAAGACGGUACUUUACCUGGUGUUUGAGUACAUGGACACUGAUUUGAAGAAGUACAUCCGCAGUUUCCGCGGUUCUGGAGAGACCAUCCCUGUCCACAUCGUUAAGAGUCUGAUGUACCAACUCUGCAAGGGUGUGGCUUUCUGCCAUGGGCAUGGGGUGUUGCACAGGGACCUUAAGCCUCACAAUCUCCUCAUGGACAAAAAGACGACGGCUCUUAAAAUCGCGGAUCUAGGACUUGCCAGAGCAUUCACUGUCCCAAUAAAAAAAUACACUCAUGAGAUAUUGACUCUUUGGUAUAGAGCUCCUGAAGUUCUUUUGGGGGCUACUCACUAUUCAACCGCAGUUGAUAUGUGGUCUGUCGGCUGUAUAUUUGCUGAGUUGGUCACCAAUCAAGCACUCUUCCCUGGAGAUUCUGAACUGCAACAGCUCCUACACAUUUUCAGACUGUUGGGUACUCCAAAUGAAAAGGUGUGGCCAGGGGUUAGCAGUUUGUUGAACUGGCAUGAGUAUCCACAGUGGAAACCUCAAAGCUUGACCACCGUGGUUCCUAAUCUGGACAAGGAUGGGUUGGAUCUGCUUUCUCAUAUGCUGCAUUAUGAGCCCUCAAGGAGGAUUUCUGCGAAGGCGGCCAUGGAACAUCCUUACUUCAAUGACGUCAACAAGACUUGCCUAUGAGACUGCGCAAAGUGUAGAUUAGGAAUCGGGAUUUGGAAUUUCAGUGAACUAAAAAGAUAUGUGUACUGGAAACUAAUUGCUUGCCUCAAGCAUGACCUUUUGUGCACCAUGUGCUUUGUCAAUUAAAUGUCUUUUCUAGGUGGAUUGAUGCCAA